AUGGCAGAGGCACUGGUUUCAUCUGUUGUUUCAAGCGUGAAACCCUUGCUUCAAAGAGAGGCAGGCCUAGUGUUUUCAGCUCGUCAAGAGCUGGAAAAGUUGUCCAGCGCUUUUUCAUCCAUUCAAGCCAACCUCAAUGAUGCAGAGAGGAAAAAAGUGAAGGAAGAGGCAGUGAGAGACUGGUUACAAAAGCUGAAAGACGUAGCCUAUGACGUGGAUGACUUGUUGGAUGAGUGGCAAACGGAAGUCAUCAGGUCGACUGAAAGUUGGAGUCGGGUUCCAGAUUUUGUGAAGCAGGUCUGUGGUAGGGAUAGUGAUAAAGAGUGCAUAAAGGAGCUUUUGUUUUGCGAGAGUAGUAGCCGAACGGAUUCCAGCACAUUCCCAGUAGUCAUUCCUAUAGUUGGCAUGGGGGGCCUGGGAAAGACCACUCUAGCCCAAGAAAUAUACAACGACGGAAAAGUGGUAAGCCAUUUCCAAUUGAGAAUCUGGGUUCAUGUGUCGGAGAAUUUUGACGUGAAAAGAAUUACAGAAGCAAUUAUAAACGACGUCACCGGGGAUAAUUGUGGGGGUCAGUUGAACCGGCUUCAGAAAGAGUUACGCAAAAGGGUAAAGAAUAAGCGAUUUCUUCUGGUGCUGGACGAUGUGUGGAAUCCAGAUGAUGACAAGUGGAAAAAAUUGAAGCUCCCCCUGAAAGACUGUAAACAAGGAAGUAGGAUUUUAGUCACAACUCGCUCCAAGAACACUGCAGCCAUAAUGGGUACAAAUACAACCUCCGGAUCCGCAUAUAAUUUGCAGCCAUUAUCUGAGAAUCAUUGCUUGUCCCUGUUUAAAAAAAUAGCCUUUGAAGGAGAAGAAAAGAAGGGCCAUAAGGAAUUCGAAGACAUUGCUGAAGCCAUCGCAAAGAAAUGCGGAGGCGUGCCUUUGGCGAUUAAGACCGUAGCAAGUCUGCUGAAAUCCAAAAAUAAGAAAACUGAUUGGAAACACAUCUUGAAUAGUGAGAUAUGGGAUUUUCCAGAGGUUGAAGAUGGUAUUUUUCCAGCACUCUCUUUGAGUUACUACGAUUUGCCGCCUCUUCUGAAGCCUUGCUUUUCGUAUUUGGCCAUUUUCCCAAAAGAUUACGAAAUAGAGAAGGACAAGCUAAUCAAGUUAUGGAUGGCAAACGGGUAUAUUAGGUCCGAUCGACAACAAAAAGAUAUGGAGAUAAUAGGUGGAGAAUAUUUUGACAGUUUAUUGGAGCGUUCAUUACUUGAAGCUGUACAACAAGAUCACGACGGCAACGUUGUUCGGUGCAAGAUGAAUGAUCUCGUUCACAAGCUAGCCCAGUUUGUUGCUAAAGGUGAGUUUCUGAUUAUCGAGAUGGGAGAUCAGUCUCAUCUCAAAAUCGAUGCCCGGCAUUCCUCGCUUCUGGUUAGGCAUCAGAUGGAGAAAUUUGUACAAUUGCAACCAGUAGUUAGUUUACGUAGUCUUCUGUUCAUUGUCUUCUCAAACAUGAAGGUUCCGCAUCCACCAGAUCUAUUUGACCAUACCAGAUCCCUUAGGGUGAUGGAUUUGAGCCACACUAAAAUCGAGGAAUUGCCAGCUUCAUUGGGGAAAUUGAAACACAUUAGAUAUCUUGAUUUCUCCUUCACAUAUAUAAAAGAGCUACCGGAAUCUGUGGGUAGCCUAUUUAAUUUGCAGACGUUGAAGCUUAAUGAGUGCAUAUAUCUAUGUAGAUUGCCUCAAGGAAUGGUUCAAAUGUGUAAUCUCAGGCAUUUAGAACUUGAAGGAACCGAGGAAAUCAACUACCUGCCCAAAGGAUUAAUAGAGAAACUGGGUGUCUUUGCAACAUUGUCGAGGUUCAUCGUGGGUAGUGCAUGUAAGAUUGGAGAACUGAAACAUCUUAAUCUGGUGCGGGGCAAACUGAGAAUAGAAAAAUUGGAGAGAGUGGAGAACAGGGAGGAAGCCAGGGAGGCAGAACUGAAAAAUAAGCAAUACCUUGAUGCUCUGGUCUUAUGCUGUACAGAUAAACGCGAUGACGGGGAAUGGACAGCGGUGGAUAGGAAGGAAGUGGAGCGGAUGGAAGGCGUGUUUGAAGGGCUCAGACCUCAUACAAACUUGAAGGAAUUGGAGAUAUUCAGCUACAUUGGUUACGAGUUCCCUAGUUGGAUGAAAGAUUCCUCGUUCCAAAAUUUAACCAAGGUUGCUCUGUAUUACUGCAACAAGUGUAAGCAAUUGCCAGCGCUUGGAAGACUCCCGUCACUUGAAGAAUUAUAUAUAUGGAGAAUGGAAGAUUUAAAAAUAAUCGGUGACGAGUUUUAUGGGGACGGGGAUGGUGGGAUUAAGGGAUUUCGGAGGCUGAAGAAAUUAACAUUUGCGUUUCUGCGGAAUUGGGAGGUGUGGGAUUUGGGAGAGGACGAGAUGCCAUCUCUACUCGCGUUGAUAAUCAUGGAUUGCCAUAAGCUCAAGGAAUUGCCGAAAGUCUUCCCCGGUGGACUCAGCUCUCUAAACAUCAGCGGAUGUGCAGAAUUGAAAUCCCUUUCCGAUGGGUUGCGACGACUUCAUUCACUCAAGACUCUCGACAUUUACGGCUGUGUACAAUUAAAAGAUUUGCCCGAUUUACGACCAUCAACCAAGCUUGAAGAAUUGAACAUCAAAGACUGCCCAUUUUUGUCGAGCAAAAAUAACAACGAAGGGGAGGAAUGGCUCAAGAUAGCACAUGUUCGUCGAAUCUGUAUUGAAGGCAAGCAACUUCAAAAGGAUGGUGUCUGGAAAGAAUUUUCUGAUAGGAAAAGGAAGAAUGUCUAG